GACGUAAGCUCCGGUUGCUGUGCUUAGUCGGAAGUGGGAACCUUUCGGCCGCUGAGACUUUGUGGUGUCUUCGCUGCUGGCCCUUUAGGCUCUGCCCCUCCCCCUAGGUCUGAAUGGAGGAUACCUUAAAGUGAAAUGACAGACCAGGAGAAUAACAACAACAUCUCAAGUAACCCCUUUGCUGCUCUUUUUGGCUCCCUGGCUGAUGCCAAGCAGUUCGCAGCAAUCCAAAAAGAGCAGCUGAAGCAACAAUCUGAUGAACUUCCAGCUAGCCCAGAUGACUCGGAUAAUAGUGUAUCAGAGAGCCUGGAUGAAUUUGAUUACUCUGUGGCUGAAAUUAGCCGCUCAUUCCGGUCACAGCAGGAAAUAUGUGAGCAACUCAACAUCAAUCACAUGAUCCAAAGGAUCUUCCUCAUUACUCUGGACAACAGUGAUCCAAGCUUGAAAAGUGGGAAUGGCAUCCCCAGCCGAUGUGUAUAUUUGGAAGAAAUGGCAGUAGAGCUGGAAGAUCAAGACUGCCUUGAUAUGAACAAUGUUGAGCAGGCCCUCUUUGCUCGCUUAUUACUUCAAGAUCCAGGCAAUCACUUGAUUAACAUGACUUCUUCUACAACGUUGAAUCUCUCUGCUGAUCGAGAUGCAGGGGAGAGGCACAUUUUUUGCUACCUUUACUCCUGCUUCCAAAGAGCCAAGGAAGAGAUUACCAAAGUUCCAGAGAACUUGCUACCCUUUGCAGUGCAGUGUAGGAAUCUCACUGUGUCCAAUACCCGAACAGUUCUCCUCACCCCGGAGAUCUACGUUGACCAAAACAUCCACGAGCAGCUGGUAGAUUUGAUGUUGGAAGCCAUUCAAGGAGCCCAUUUUGAAGAUGUAACUGAGUUUCUGGAAGAGGUCAUUGAAGCCUUGAUAUUAGAUGAGGAAGUUCGAACAUUUCCAGAAGUCAUGAUUCCAGUGUUUGAUAUUUUAUUGGGCCGAAUAAAAGAUCUAGAGCUCUGCCAGAUCCUGUUGUAUGCAUAUCUGGAUAUUCUUCUUUAUUUCACUAGGCAAAAGGAUUUGGCAAAGGUUUUUGUAGAAUAUAUUCAGCCCAAGGACCCUAAUAAUGGGCAGAUGUACCAGAAGACCUUGCUGGGAGUAAUUCUGAAUAUCUCUUGCUUAUUAAAGACUCCAGGUGUUGUAGAAAAUCAUGGCUACUUCCUGAAUCCAUCUCGUUCCAGUCCCCAGGAGAUCAAAGUACAAGAGGCCAACAUCCAUCAGUUCAUGGCUCAGUUCCAUGAAAAGAUCUACCAGAUGCUGAAGAACUUACUCCAGCUCUCUCCAGAAACCAAGCACUGUAUCUUGUCCUGGCUUGGAAACUGUUUGCAUGCAAAUGCAGGCCGCACCAAGAUUUGGGCCAAUCAGAUGCCAGAAAUCUUCUUCCAAAUGUAUGCCUCGGAUGCCUUCUUUCUGAAUCUGGGUGCUGCUCUCCUGAAGCUGUGCCAGCCAUUUUGCAAGCCCAGAUCCUCUCGGCUCCUCACCUUUAAUCCCACUUACUGUGCCCUGAAGGAGUUGAAUGAUGAAGAACGAAAAAUUAAAAAUGUACACAUGAGAGGUUUGGACAAAGAAACCUGUUUGAUCCCAACUGUGCAGGAGCCGAAGUUUCCCCAAAACUACAACCUUGUAACAGAGAACCUUGCCCUGACAGAGUACACUUUGUACUUGGGAUUUCACAGGUUGCAUGAUCAGAUGGUAAAGAUCAACCAAAAUCUGCAUCGGCUGCAGGUUACCUGGCGGGACGCUCAGCAAAGCUCUAGCCCUGCUGCUGACAAUCUCCGCGAGCAGUUUGAACGGCUGAUGACCAUCUAUCUUUCUACCAAGACUGCCAUGACUGAGCCACAGAUGCUACAAAACUGCCUAAAUUUGCAGGUGUCCAUGGCUGUACUACUGGUUCAGUUGGCCAUAGGCAAUGAGGGCUCACAGCCAAUAGAGCUAACUUUUCCUUUGCCAGAUGGCUACAGUUCUUUGGGUUAUGUGCCAGAAUUCUUUGCAGAUAACCUGGGUGAUUUCCUCAUUUUUCUCCGCCGCUUUGCCGAUGACAUUUUGGAGACAUCAGCAGAUUCGCUGGAGCAUGUCCUUCACUUUAUUACCAUUUUCACUGGAAGCGUAGAAAGAAUGAAGAAUCCCCACCUAAGGGCCAAAUUAGCUGAAGUGUUAGAAGCAGUGAUGCCCCACCUGGAUCAGACUCCAAAUCCCUUGGUAUCCAGUGUUUUCCAUCGGAAGCGUGUGUUCUGCAAUUUUCCACAUGCACCCCAACUUGCAGAAGCUCUGAUCAAGGUUUUUGUGGACAUUGAGUUUACAGGAGACCCCCAUCAAUUUGAACAGAAGUUUAAUUACCGCCGUCCCAUGUAUCCCAUCCUAAAAUACAUGUGGGGGACAGAUACCUAUCGGGAAAGCAUUAAGGAUUUGGCUGACUUUGCCUCUAAGAAUCUAGAAGCCAUGAAUCCUCCACUUUUCCUCCGCUUUCUUAACCUGCUAAUGAAUGAUGCCAUCUUCCUUUUGGAUGAAGCCAUACAGUAUUUGAGCAAGAUAAAGAUUCAGCAGAUUGAGAAGGACCGAGGUGAAUGGGAUAGUCUGACUCCAGAAGCCCGCCGAGAGAAGGAGGCUGGCCUACAGAUGUUUGGACAGCUGGCACGUUUCCAUAACAUCAUGUCCAACGAAACAAUUGGUACCCUUGCCUUUCUAACAUCAGAGAUCAGAUCACUCUUUGUGCAUCCCUUCCUGGCUGAGCGCAUCAUCUCCAUGCUGAACUACUUCCUGCAGCACUUGGUUGGCCCCAAGAUGGGUGCCUUAAAAGUCAAAGACUUCAGCGAAUUUGACUUCAAACCUCAGCAGCUUGUAUCAGAUAUCUGCACUAUCUACUUAAAUCUUGGGGAUGAGGAGAAUUUCUGUGCCACUGUGCCCAAAGAUGGACGUUCCUAUUCCCCAACUCUCUUUGCGCAGACAGUUCGAGUCCUGAAGAAAAUAAAUAAGCCUGGGAAUAUGAUCCUAGCUUUCAGUAACUUAGCAGAGAAAAUCAAGUCUCUUGCAGACCUCCAACAACAGGAAGAGGAGACCUAUGCAGAUGCCUGUGAUGAAUUCCUGGAUCCCAUCAUGAGCACACUGAUGUGUGACCCUGUGGUGCUGCCAUCUUCCAGAGUCACUGUGGAUCGAUCCACUAUUGCUAGACAUUUGCUCAGUGACCAAACAGAUCCCUUUAAUCGUAGUCCCCUAACCAUGGACCAGAUCCGGCCAAACACAGAACUAAAAGAAAAAAUCCAGCGGUGGCUCGCAGAGAGGAAGCAACAACAAAAGGAGCAACUUGAAUAAAUGCUGUGAACUAAACAAACCAAAAACCAACCCCAGAGUGUAGAUAAACAGUUGUUUAUGGUUUCUCUUUCUGAUUCUCUUCCCUUUUUUUUUUUUCCUUUACUAAAUUAAAGAACUGCUCUUGUUCAAAUUAUGAUAAUUAAGAUUCCUAAGAACUUGACAAUGUUCCCCUGGCUUAUAGGAAAUUAUACUUAUUAUAGCAUCACCAAGUUUAGAAAUCAUCACUAAUUUUCACCCUUUGUUUUCUCUUCCUAGUCUUCCUUUUCCUACCUUAAAUCAUAUUAACUUCAACUACUAAAAUUUCCUGCCACCUUACUAUUUCUCUUCCAAGUACUGCUCAAACAUUUUUGGUGAGCACAGCUUUUAAGUAUACAAUGUCACAUAUUUCAGUGACAGCUGAUAUCCUCAGAAAAUCCUGUGUAUCCUAUGUAUUUACUAGUCCUCAUGAUCUGGACUUAAGCCCUUUUCCUUAUUACAGUUCUGUAAUGUUAGAGAAUAACUUUUCCCAUAAAAACAGGUACCUUGAAGUUUGUGUAGACUUUUGAAUAAGGUAAUAGGUGAGUUUUGUUUUUUUUUUUAAGGAAUCUUAUGCAACUUAUGUUGGUAGCUCUUAAUUUUGUGUUAUCUUGUAACUCACAGAUACCAUUUCAGACAAACACUCUCCUGUGGGGUUGCCACCACCAAAACUUUAGCCCUGCAGUCUUUUUAUGAGGAUUGCUAGGGCAAACUUACAGUUCUGACGCUUUAGUCAAAAAAAUUUGGGGGUGAGGAGGCUGUUGGGCCCCUUUUGUCUUAAGAAAAUCUGUUGCUACAAGGACUAAGCCUGAGUAGAAGAUUUAGGCAACAAAUAUUGUAACCAUGAAAAACGUAAUUUUAAGACACUAAUAUCAAUAGUAUAUCUCAGUGUGUGAGAUACAUAUACACACACACCAUAUGUUUUUUUAUAUUGGUCUAGUGUAAACUGAGUACCACUUUAAAGUGUCUCUUCCACAGUAAGAUGUAUGCAAUGUAUGGCCAUGUUUAUUAACUUACUUAUUCUGAGACUAUAAAAUGUAUAUAGUUAAUAUUUGUUUGGGCUUGUGACUUGAUUUCUAAGAGCUGCUUCUAACACAGCCUUAGGUCAUCAAUUAACAAAGUAGGAAUUUGAGCACAACCUUGUCCACAAGCCAUUUUAAGUAUCCACUUAACCCUGUGUAGUUAGUAGGUGGAUGGACACCACUUUCACAAGUUAAGCUUGAUCUCCCUACUCAAUUGUGCAGCUUAACAUACUGAGUGAGGCACAUUCCCCUGUGGAUUGUCUUUAUAUCACUAUCCAUCUAAGCCCAGAGACAUAAGUGACAAGCGAUAUGAUCUAGAAACAGGGGUCAUUGCUUCCUUUGGAGGACACUUGUUAACCAUGGCCUCUUUCAAAUAAGAUGGUAGUUUUAUGAUAUUCCAACACAAGUUGCUAUAAGCAGUCCUUGAUGUGUUUUUAGUGGUAUCACCUGGAAACCUCAAAUCCAAGAAGGCUUCCCACCCUAGACAUAAAGUAGAUGUUGCCUAUUUCUGUGCUUGUAAAUGAAAAAGGAAGUCUAGAACACUUUUGCAAAUGCCAGAAUGUAAGAUUAAUUCAGUGUGCUCCCUGGGCCUUUAAGGGAUUUUAAGGCCUUUUAAGGGCCUUUAAGAAUUUAUUUUCUUAAAAGAGUUUCAUUUCAUAUUUAUUACCCUUCUUUCCCUGAGAAUGAACUGUGUAUAAAGUAAGCUUUUUCCUGCUUGCAUUUACCUUCCAAACCCAAUCUAGUAGGAUGUUUUCAUUUUAAAAAGAAGGGGGAGAAAGACCAGAGUUUUGCAGGAGAUAAUUGGAGGAAAAUGGGCACAAAACCUCAGAAGGCAGCUGUUCCCAGCAGCUUUCCAGUUAACAACCUCUAUGCUUCCUCUAGUAUCUGUCUGUAUUCUACUUCUGUAUUUUGCCUUCAGAUUGUAAGCCUUUCCUGUCAAGGUUUCCUUUUCUUCUUUUUUUUUUAAAGCUCUUCCCUGAAAGUUUUUAUGAAUGGCUGUGGCACCAUUAAUGCUGCUGAAUAUCUUUAAACUCUUCACAAAGGCAAAUGCAUAGCUUAAGGCCACUAUUGGUAAGGAAACCAAGUGUCCUCUGUGCCUUUUUUUCUUUCUGUGAAGUUAAGGACAUCCAAAAAAUGAGACUUUAAAAAGUUAUCAUCUUGGUACAACAUGGUGUGUAUAUGCGCUUAGAAGCUUAAAAAGGUGUUUUUGUCUGGAAUUCAGAAGCCGCUCUAAAUCUUAGAGCAGACCUUCUAAGGUACCUAGUUUUAUGUGUUGGCUUGCUGGAGUAUGACAGGAAAAUGAAGACUCUUUAAUCAGCUCUGGUAUUUGUUCAUAACUUACCAAGAGGCUAAUACUAAACUUGGAAAAUUAUUUAAGUAGAUUUUAUCAAGCAGUCUGGGUUUUGGCUUUUUUAAAUAUAGUUUUUAAUGAAUAUGUGAAAACUGAAGGAAACUUUAAAGGUUUUUUAAUGGUGCAGGUGAAGGUGCCAGUUGCUAUUUGGUAUCACACUCUACAAAAGCUUCAUUGCUUUAUUUGAUGCUGGUUGCUAAGCAGCCAUUGCACAGAGCAUAAGUCUACUGGGUGCCUUUACAAGCCAGAGGCUGACACUGCACUGUUGAUGUCAUGUGAGGAAAAUAAUGCACAUGCUCUAACUGCUAAACAGGAAAAGAACCUAGAAGCAAAGAAAAUGAAGAACAAAACAGCGAAAACGUUGAUUGAAACAAAACUUGAUCAACAUAACUGUAUUUGGGAACAUUCCAGGAAAGUUACUUGUCAAAUUUGCCUGGGGGUGUUUGUUCAAAACUUGUAUUUAAUAAAUGAACACCUGACUUA